GUGUCCUAUGGCAAGGUGUAAACAUUCGCCACUCUCUAUCUAGCAGGAAUGAAUUACUUGAAUGGAAUUGACAUUUUCGUAAUUUACUUUUUUUUAGGCCUGAUAUUCAAGCGUGUUAAAAUCAGCUUAUCGUCUUCUGACGUCGGCACUACUGUGAAUAGUAUCUUAGAGUCAUGUGACUUGUCUACUGCCCUCAUCGAGCAGUACAAGAAAGAGAAUGCCGAGAAAGAAGGGGAAUUUCCAAGGCCGAUAGAAUGGCACCAAUCCUACUAUACAUACACUGGAAAGAAAAAUCCCAAGGACCAUGUGCAGCAAAAGCAAGGAAAACCUGAAAUAACUUUGAGUUACUGGUUGAAGACCAACAUAGCUGAGGCCAGACGGAAGCUUGAAAGCAGUCACCCAAUCAGGAAUGAGAUUGCAUCACUGAGACAAGAUCUGAUUGGUCAGUUAGGCCUUGAAGGUAUAUUAUGGGAGAGCAUGUGGGAUUCAUCAACAUGUCUCUCAUGCCUGAGGACAAUGAAAGAAUUGUGUCAGCAACAUUGGGCUGCCAUGGAAAACCUUAGAGGUUGUACGGUUAUACUUGGUGAUUUGACCAGACUCUCACCCAAUGGUCAUGUGGUUCUUGGCAGUCAAGAUGUACCUCACCAUUGGGUCUCGUUUAUAUCCAGCCUUCCGGAGCAGAGGAAAUUCCUUCCAUUUAUACCCCCGACUGAGCAGGUCCUGUCCACUCUCCUCGGGGGGUGCUCCGUCAAAGCUCUGGAGGGACAAGCAUCCACCAUGACGGUACACAGUCAUUAUGCUGCCCUCACAAGGCUAAUAGAGACCAUGGAAAAGCACAAGUUUGUGAAGAGGAAAGAUGAGAAGAAGGAAAAAUGCCUCGUCUUGCCAGAAGGGUUUACUCAGGGAAUCAAUAUAGUCAUUGAAGGGAGUACAGGUCAGCAGUAUAUAGACCAUAAUGGGGACAUUCAUAUCAUGUGCAAUAAAUCAGCAUCAAGCAUCAUUAGAUAUCUAUUGGACAAUACUCAAAUUGCAAGGGAAUUACAUAUCAAUCACAUGAGUGAUAUCAAGGAAGAAGCCCUGUUAAUCUCUCGUUGCUUGGAGGAGUUGGAGCUGGCGACUUUGACCCGGCACCUGGACGUCACACCGUCCCAGAUGAUAGCAUGCUGCCGUAAGCUUGAAGAGAACCCCAUCAGGCUGGGCGUGGUCGUCAGAAACCUCCAUCUUCAGAUACGACAUCACUAUGCAUUACAAAGGAAUGGGGACGUGUGCAUCCCAUGGAAUUGGAAAGAAUAAUAUUCAGAGAUUAAGGCCACCCUGAUGAGAAGUUGAUUUUAAUGUAAUUCAAGAAAACUAUGGAAGGUUUGAUGAAAAACCAUCAAAUAAUAAAGAGUUAUGAAAUUGUUCAAAAAGUUUUUGAUGUGUGACGUCCUAAGCAAGCAGCUCCCCGUAUAUCGUGUAGAAACAUAAAUUCCAGGUUUUUAAUGGAUCAUGAUGAAUAAACACAUUUUUUAAUGUGUAUGAAUAGUCUGAUGAUAUAGCCAUUGGACAAAUGGAAUCACUUUCAUUUUUUUUUGACAAAAUGGCACUUUGGGGGAAUUCAUAUCAGAAGACAAAUGGAAGAGCUACUCGAUUUAUAUCACAAAAACCAAUACUAAAAAAAAUUAAAUACUUUGUUAUUCUUUGAAGGAUUAAACCUUCACCAAUAUUUUUUUCUAAUCUUUCUGCUUUGAUUAAAACCAACUUGUUGUCAGGUUGAACUUCCUCUCUAACCCACUCCCACCCACAAAGUCCACGCUGACAUCAUCUAAAAUUAUUGUAUGAAAACAUUGUAUGUGAAAAUCCAUUAAAUGACAUAAUACAGGAAUAUGUAAAUUUUAGAUUUGUGACACACAUGCAAGCAGCCCUUUCAUAUGCGGUUUUGAUACGUCAUGAUAACUUUUUCAUACAAGUGCACAUAAACAGAUCGCUUGGAUUAGAUUUAUAGGUAAAAAUCAUUUUUAAUUUUCUGAGAAAAUGGGCACCUUAAAUUUUCUAUAUUGAUUUGUCAAUCAACCAUGUUAGUCUUCAAUGAAAUUUAGCCAAAUGGUGAGAUUUUCUUCUUGAAAUGUUAUAAUAAUAAUGUGACUUAUAAAGAGCCAAAUCCACUCUGUAGAGUGCUCAAGGCGCAUAAAGA